GUGAAGUUUACAGAGAAGCUCCAUCGUCUUUCAACCAACCCACCACGCGCGCUAUUUCCCUCCUGUACUCUACCGUGGCGUUUAAUCCUCCCUUUCUUGCAGCCCCCGCGACACAUAACUCAAGCAAAGAAAGCAGCACCGAAGUGUGCACCCUGCAGAGAUAAAGAUGGCCGCUGUCGCAGCGCCUGGAGCAAGCACACCCCCCAAUUGCACAGUCUACGUCCGCAACCUCGAAGAACGCAUCAAAAUCGACCAACUGAAAGAAUCCCUCGCCGAGAUCUUCUCCGAGUACGGCAAUGUGAUCGAGAUCGUGGCCAAGACGAAUCUCAAGGCGAAAGGGCAGGCGUUUGUGGUGUUCGACUCGGUGGAGUCCGCCAGCCGCGCCAUUGACGAAAUCAAUGGUUUCGAGUUAUUCGACAAGCCGAUGGUGUUGGAUUAUGCGCGCACGCGCAGCGAUGCGACGGUGUUGAGGGAGGGUGGGGAGGAGGAAUUGGAGGCGCAUAAGCGGAGGAGGGGGGCGGAGAAAGAACGCAAACAAGCACACGAGGCCCUCGAAGCGCAAAAGAAACUCAAACGGCCACACCCCGGCGCAGCAGCCGUCGGCGCGCCCUCCGACCUCGCUGCCUCCGGUCGUCCCGCCAAAACGGCCAAGGGCGCCGGGCUCAAGCCCACCAGCGGCGCCGCCGCGACGGUCAUCCCGGACGAGUACCUGCCGCCCAACAAGAUCCUGUUCCUGCGGGACCUGCCGGACAACGCCGACCAGGACAGCCUCACGGCCGUAUUUGCGCGGUUCGAGGGGUUCCAGGAGGUGCGGUUGGUGCCGGGCCGCAAGGGGAUCGCCUUCGUCGAGUACGAGAGCGAGUCCGGGGCGAUCAGUGCCAAGGAGGCGACGUCGGGGAUGCCGAUGGGCGAGAAUGGCAAACCCAUCCGGGUUACGUACCAGAGACAAUAAAGGGUCCUUGCAUGGGGCGUGGCGUUGUUGGGGUUUUUCGUAUCUGUGGGGUUUCUUGUGUAUCAUUAUUUUUGUUGUCUCCUUCUUCCAUGCAAAUGCCCGUUGAUUUCUUUUCUUCCAUUGGGGAGGUAGCUCUUCUCACUGGUGGGGUACCAAACAAAAAAAUCUCUUAAACAAUGCAUAGGAACAGCUAGGAAGUAUACUAGGUACAUGACAAGAGGUACAAGGGGGAC